UGAUGUACAGUAUAUCUUAUAUAUUACCGGGUUUGAUGACAUAUAACACUAUAAUUAUAAAAUACAACUUUUAAAUUGAUAUAUGAUAUAUUUGUUAUAAAUACAACAAAAACUUUUUUUUCGUGGACAGUAAUUCACAAACUUUUAAAGGUAACAAAGGAAGAAAGGGUUUAGUAAACAAAAGUAAACUGUUAUAGAAAGGUUUAACUAUAAAGAAAAAGAUUAUUUGAGACUUGAGCAAAAUACCCAUGACUGCAGAACCAAAAAAAAGAAUAAACUAUUUUUAUGAUCAUGCUCUUGGUAUUUUUACGCAUGGUACAAAUCAUCCUAUGAAACCCUUCAGGGUGAGGAUGACCCAUAAUCUAGUGAUGAAUUAUGGAUUGUGCAAGAAGAUGGAAAUUUUUAGACCAAAACCAAGCACAAUCGAUGAAUUAACACAAUUUCAUACAGAUGAUUACAUAAAUUUCCUGGGUAAAGUUACUCCAUCGAAUAUGGAAACUUGUAUAAAAGAUUGUACAAGAUUUAAUGUUGGUGAUGAUUGUCCGGCUUUUGAUGGGUUACUCGAAUAUUGUAGGCGAGCUACUGGAGGUUCUCUUGAAGGUGCGGCUAGACUAAACCAGGGAUUAUGUGAUAUAGCCGUAAAUUGGGCUGGGGGCUUACAUCAUGCCAAAAAACAGGAGGCAAGCGGAUUUUGUUAUGUGAAUGAUAUAGUGGUUGCAAUAUUAGAAUUAUUAAGAUACCAUAAGCGCGUACUUUACAUCGAUAUCGAUAUUCAUCAUGGAGACGGUGUGGAAGAAGCUUUUUAUACAACAGAUCGAGUUAUGACAUUGAGCUUCCACAAUUUUGGUGAAUAUUUUCCAGGAACGGGAGAUAUACAUGACAUUGGUAUUGGAAAAGGUAAAUAUUAUUCAGUAAAUUUUCCAUUGAGAGAGGGUGUCGAUGACAUGACUUAUAAAAGUGUGUUUGAACCGGUUGUUUCACAUGUGGUCGAAUGGUAUAAACCCUCAGUAAUUGUUUUACAAUGCGGCGCUGAUUCAUUAAGCGGGGAUCGGCUUGGUUGUUUUAAUUUAUCAUCUAAAGGUCAUGCAGAUUGCAUUCGGUUCGUUAAAAAAUUUAAUAUACCGAUGUUGGUGUUGGGUGGAGGUGGAUAUACCAUACGAAAUGUUUCAAGGGCAUGGGCGUACGAAACUGCAGUUAUUAUUGGGCAAGAAAUAGGCCCAGAAUUACCAUCGAAUAAUAGUGAUAAUGACUAUUUUGGCCCUGAAUACACCUUGGAUGUUCAUCCUAGCAAUAUGGAAAAUAAAAACACGAGAGAAUACUUAGAAAAAAUCAUGAUCACAAUUUUUGAAAAUUUGGACCGAUCACGGCACGCACCGAGUGUCCAAAUACAAGAAAUACCGGGAAAAAAUAUUGCAUCUGAUGAAAUUCACGAAGAGGAAGACGAUCCUGAUAAGCGAAUAUCACAACAACAUUGCGAUAAACACAUCGUGCCGGAUAAUGAGUACGAAGAUUCAUCUGAUGAAGAAAGUAUUUAUAAUUCCAUCAUUCCUGCUGAAUACGGUCCUUCAAAAUAUGUAAGAUCCUACCGUCACAAAAUAAUCAAAAAUCGCUCACAAAAAAACUUAUUGCGUAGACUAGAUUCUACAGUAAAAUACUCUGAUAUAAUAUAUCCUCAAAAUAACAAUAAUGGACAAUUUUCGAUGGAAGUAAUAGAUGAAGUGAUUAUGGUUGAAGCUAAUAGCUCGAAAACGGACGGAAUUGUGGCAACAUAUCCCGUUCACGAUAAAGUCUAUUCGUUGAAGCCAAGGAGGAAUGGAAGUAUAAGAAGUUAUUAUGGUCAAUCAUAAAGUCGGAUUAAUUAUUCACCAAGAUUCUUAUAUCAAUUUAUACUUAUUGAGUAUUAGUUCUGUAAUUUGCAAAUGUUGUAAUUUUAAGAGACUGAAUUUUUUUUUUUGGUUGAUGAAUUCUUGUUUAAUAUAACAAAUAAA